CUACAGGAAGGUACUGUUGGCAGGGGACUGGUCUGCUGAGUCACAGCGGCCCCACGCUCCAGGCUGUUUGUUCCUGCUGCUCCCUUUGGGAUUAACUGGAGAUUGAACCUGUUCGCCUUGUUCCAGCUCAGCCCCUGCAACCGACUGUCUGCUGGGAUCCGAGUCACCUGAGAGAAGUGAGUCGAGCCCUGGCCCUGUUGCAUGAGCAGACACCUCUGGAAGAACCAGCUGUGUGAGAUGGUGCAGCCCAGUGGCGGCCCGGCAGCAGAUCAGGACGUGCUGGGCGAAGAGUCUCCUCUGGGGAAGCAGGCCAUGUUGCACCUGCCUUCAGAGCAGGGUGCUCCUGAGACCCUCCAGCGCUGCCUGGAGGAGAAUCAAGAGCUUCGAGAUGCCAUCCGGCAGAGCAAUCAGAUGCUGCGGGAGCGCUGUGAGGAGCUUCUGCAUUUCCAAGCCAGCCAGAGGGAAGAAAAGGAGUUCCUCAUGUGCAAAUUCCAGGAGGCCAGGAAACUAGUGGAGAGACUCAGCCUGGAGAAGCUCGACCUGAAGAGGCAGAAGGAGCAGGCCCUGCGGGAGGUGGAGCACCUGAAGAGAUGCCAGCAGCAGAUGGCUGAGGACAAGGCCUCUGUGAAAGCCCAGGUGACGUCGUUGCUCGGGGAGCUCCAGGAAAGCCAGAGUCGCUUGGAGGCUGCCACUAAGGAAUGCCAGGCUCUGGAGGGUCGGGCUCGGGCGGCCAGUGAGCAGGUGCGGCAGCUAGAGAGCGAGCGUGAGGCGCUGCAGCAGCAGCACAGUGUGCAGGUGGACCAGCUGCGCAUGCAGGGCCAGAGUGUGGAGGCUGCACUUCGCAUGGAGCGACAGGCCGCCUCGGAGGAGAAGCGGAAGCUGGCUCAGUUGCAGGUGGCCUAUCACCAGCUCUUCCAAGAAUACGACAACCACAUCAAGAGCAGUGUGGUGAGCAGCGAGCGGAAGCGAGGAAUGCAGCUGGAAGAUCUCAAGCAGCAGCUCCAGCAGGCUGAGGAGGCCCUGGUGGCCAAACAGGAGCUGAUCGAUAAGCUGAAGGAGGAGGCCGAGCAGCACAAGAUGGUGAUGGAGACGGUUCCGGUGCUGAAGGCGCAGGCGGACAUCUACAAGGCGGACUUCCAGGCUGAAAGGCAGGCCCGGGAGAAGCUGGCUGAGAAGAAGGAGCUGUUGCAGGAGCAGCUGGAGCAGCUGCAGAGGGAGUACAGCAAAUUGAAGGCCAGCUGUCAGGAGUCGGCCAGGAUUGAGGACAUGAGGAAGCGGCAUGUAGAGGUCUCUCCGACCCCCUUGCCCCCUGCACCCGCCCACCACUCCUUUCUCCUGGCUCAGCCCAACCAGAGGAGGAGCCCCCCUGAGGAGCCACCUGACUUCUGCUGUCCCAAGUGCCAGUAUCAGGCCCCUGAUAUGGACACCCUGCAGAUACACGUCAUGGAGUGCAUUGAGUAGAGCCGGCCAGCGCAAGGACACUGCCUGCCGAGGACAUGCCCGGGAACAUGCUGUCUGUGAUUUCUUCUGCCUGCCUAGCCCAGGAUGAAGGGCUCGGUGACCACAAGUGGGGUGCUGCCUGGAGCCCCAGGAGCCUGCUGCGGUGCUUUAGGCUUCAGUUCUGGGUCUACUGGUCCCCUCUUGUAGGGCAGCUGCGGUCCCGAGCAGGCCUGAUGCACUGCUCUUCUUGUUGCCUUCUGUCUGCUUCAACCACUUGCCUUGGGCUAAUCCCUCCCUCUUCAUCCACUUCCCACUGGGGAAGUCAAGAAUGGCGGCCAGGUGCUCUCAGGGAGAACUGCUUCCCCGCUUCCCUGGGCAGAGCUGGGUGGCAACUCUUCCUCCUACUGGCCACUGACCCACGCACUGCUGUGCUCUGGGAGUGCUGCCCUCUUACAGUGUACACGGCUGCUGUCCUUUUGGACCGCAUGCUAUUCCAUUUUGCAGUGAGACCGAUGUGUAUUUAACUAGUCACUCUUGAUGGACAUUUGGGUUGUUUCCAGUCUUUUUGUUACCACAAAUAAUGGCACAGUAAAAAUCCUUUUGCAUUA